CAUGUCAAAGUGUUGACCCUGAACAAGCUAAACAAAAUGAAUUAGAUGAUCAAGAUAAAUCAGAUAAAGAAAACAAUUUCAAAAAAGAUACUAAAACUAAUAUAUUAGAUAUAAUGGUAUGA